CGCCCGUCGGCCAGUCGGUAGACGGAGGGCAAGCCAGGCAGGCUCGGCGUGCCACCAGCACCGCUCCCGGCGUGUGGAGCGACUACCGGAUGGCGCUGCCGUCCCUUGGUGCCGUGCCGUGGCACGGCGCUUUGACGGCCGUUGCCAUAGUGAUCAUCGUCCUCUUCGUACGGCGGCUUUACAAGCUCCAGACGCUCCAGAGACUGGGAUACAAUGUGCCGCCAUACAGCUUGAUCUACGGACACGCCGCCAAGCUAACAGGCACAACGGGACCAUCGGAAUUUCGGCGUCUGUUUGACGCGUACGGAGUUCAACAUGGUAUCAGAGGCAAGACGAUGGCGCUGUACAUCGGCACGACGCCGAUGUUGUUGACCACGGACCCAGACCUGGUUCGCGAGGUGUUCGUUAAGAGCGUUGACACGUUUCCUGACCGGCCUGAAAGGAAGCAAUCCUUGCUGCCCAUCUUUAAUGACACUCUUCUGGCGCUGAGGGGCGAGCGCUGGAAGUACGUCCGCCGCGUCCUUAACCCGGCCUUCACCGCCAAAAAGCUGAAGGGUAUGUCGUCGGCUAUGAAUAGGCCCAUUCAGACCUUCCUUGACGUCCUGGAGGCCAAUAGGCUGCAGGGCCAUCCUACCAAUGUAUAUGCCACUUUCCACCGGCUCACUCUGGAAGUGAUCGCUAAGUGCGCGCUGGGCAUGGAGGCACACUGCCAGACGGACCUGCGUGACCCGCUACUGGUCAUGAUGAAGACGUUGUUCAGUUGCUCUCAAAUGGUCGGAAUGCUGGGCCAUCUAGAGCCGCUAACGCGCCUGUUGCGGCCUCUGUUGAGCGCAUUCGGGCCGGCCUCGCGAGCGUACCACGUAAACCAGCAGCUGCAGCGCUGGCUUCGCGACGUCCUCCAACAUCGCCAGCGGAGCGGUGUGGCGGCCACGGACGCCUUGCAGCUGUUGAUGGAGGCGCAGAGCGCCGACAUUGGCAGCGAACCUGUUACGAACGAAGAGUUGGUCUCCAACGCAUUCGCGUUUAUCGCGGGCGGUUAUGAGACCACAAGUACAGCACUAGCUUUUACGUCGCACCUGCUGGCGCGCCACCCGGCUGUACAGAGCCGUCUGUACGACGAGAUCACGGCUAACGUACCGGCCAGCGGCGACCUCAGCUACGACAACGUGGCCGACCUGCCUUACCUGGAUAUGGUGAUCCAGGAGUCGCUACGCUUCUACCCGCCCAUCUCGUGGAUGUAUGGCCGAGAGGCAAGUUUCGAGACGGAGGUUCAGGGGAUGCGCAUGCCUCGCGGGGCCGUCGUAGCCGUGGUACCGAUCUGCAUCCACUACGACCAUGACCUGUGGCCCGACCCGGAGAAGUUCGAACCGGAGCGGUUUAGUGCCGAAAACCGACCGAACAUCGUGCCCUACAGCCACAUGCCGUUCGGCGCCGGGCCACACCACUGCAUCGGCAAGCGGUUCGCCAUGAUGGAGAUCAAGCUGGCGCUGUGUCACAUGCUGCGCCGCUACCGGCUGCUGCCGACCAGCGAGCCGCUGGAGCUGGCCAUCGCCCCGCCGUCUCUCGCACCCGCCUCGGGCCAAAUCAACUUGGAAGUGGAGCUAAGGCAGCCUCAGGAAGACGGGGUGACGGACAAUGUGUACAGAGAGAGAUAAAGGGUGUGUAGAAAGAGCGCUAAGUGUAGUGCUGAGGAAUCGGGAAAAGAAGCGUAAGGGGAGCGCUGAAGUGAGUGUAUGGGGAUCUAUAAAGGAAUUGUUUACAUAGGGUAUAGGGAGUGCCAAAAAAAGUGUAAAGGGGACGAUACAGAAAAUGUCUUAUGAGUUAUAAAGGCGCGCAGGUGGACAGCCAAAACAAGUGAGGGAGAGAAAAGAAGGGCUGGGGGAGGGGAUGAAGGGACGUGGAAUGCGUGAAAAGGAAAUAUAUUGAUUAGCGGGUAAUGGUA